AAAAAUGAUACACAGCCUUUUCACGCAGACGAUGCGCACAACACCUCCGCUCACAAAAGUAAUGUCCCUCAUUCUCGUAGUGCUAGCACUCCUCGUGCACAUAAACAUAAUAAGUCCGCUAUCGCUCACCUACUCAUUCUACUACGUUAAGAAAAUGCAGUUGUGGCGGUUGGUCACGUCAUUCUUCUAUUUCGGGCCUUUCUCGGUUGACGUUCUGCUGCACGUCGUUUUCUUCUUCCGUUACUCAAAAAUGCUGGAGGAGAGUUUUAUGAAUGCAUCGGAGUAUGCGUACCUGCUGAUGUUCUGUUCAGCUCUGAUAUUUGUGUGUGCAAAUGUGUUUCGACGAUCGUUGCUUGGCAAUAUGCUCUCGUCGGCUAUAACUUACAUAUGGACGAGGAGGAACAGAACAACACAGGUGCAGUUGUUGGGGUGCAUAUUGUUUCCUGCGUUCUUUUUGCCGUUUGUGGUGCCCGUUUUUUCGUUCUUCAGCGAGCGAAAGGUGCCUUUUGAUGAGGUUAUGGGCAUCAUCGUGGGACACGUUUACUUUUACCUGAGAUUCGUUGUGAAGAAGUUUGGAUACGAACCGCUUAGAACACCCAACUGGUUGAAAAGGGCGUUUGGCGAGGAGAUAGAGGAGCCUGAAACCGUAAAUGUGCCGAGUGUGGAGCGGCUUGAUAUUCUUGAGGAGAUUGCUGGUGGUGCCGUACGGAAGGAUGAUGAGGUGAAAAAUAGCGAGAAGAGCGCUGAGGAUAGGGCGCCUAUCCGUAAAAAUGGUGUGGAUGACGAGAAGAUCGAUCUAUGUAAUGCCGAGCAGGUGAAUGUAAAUGAGGAAAAAACGAGAAAUGACCAGAUUGAUGAUGAGAAGGAUACGCACACCGCCCUACUAGAAGAAGCUGUGAACGGUGCGAUGAGCGAUGAGCUGCCUGACCAAAAAAUGGGAAGAGAAGCAUUUACAAACGAGUUAGAUGAUUCUGAACCGAACAAAGAGGACGAGGUUGAUUUCUUCUCUGUAUCAUCGGAGGAGAACAAACAUUUAGAAGAAGUAAAAUGACUAAGGUGUAAUUAAAUCUGUUUUAAAGUGGAGCAA